AGAUAUUAGGUUGACUUUAAAUGUACAAGAAUGUAGGGAAGUGCAAAGAAAAUCAACUUGGAUUUUAGUUGUGGCAUAAACCAAAUAUGAAGAAGUUUUUCACUCAAACUGCUGGAAGCGAAUAUGUGGGGAAGGUGUUACGAGUUGGGAGGUAUCAUGUCACCAUUGAUGAUGUGGUGGCUGAGGGUGGAUUUUCAAUGGUGUUUUUGGGGAAAUUAAGUUCAGGACCAAAGGUUGCUUUAAAACGAAUGUUUGUGAAUAAUAAAACAGAUCUUGAAGUUUGUCAAAGAGAAAUUGACAUCAUGAAAGAACUUAGUGGCCACAAAAACAUAGUUCGACUCCUUGAUGCAACGAUCAUGAAUUCAAACAGUAAACCUGGUGUUUAUGAGAUAUUGAUGUUAAUGGAAUACUGUAAAGCGGGUCAUGUGGUUCAACUCAUGAAUGCAAGGAUAAGAUUCUCUCAAGCUGAAGGUUUUACUCAAACCGAAGUUUUAAAGAUUUUCUGUGACAUUGUUCAAGCUGUGGCUGCUUUACACCAUUCAACAUCUCCAAUAGUUCAUAGAGAUUUAAAGGUUGAAAAUGUAUUGCUUCGAGAUUCUGGUGAUUUUGUUUUAUGUGAUUUUGGAAGUGCUACGUGUGAGGUGUAUGAACCCAAGACCUCAGCCAGUAGGCAGAAACUAGAGGAAGAAAUUGCAAAGUAA